AUGCCUUCCGAAGAGACAAAGGAGAGAAUCAUCAAGGCCGUUGAUUUUGGCCGCACGAUCCUCCAUUAUGGCUGGAUUCCUUUCAUCAUCUAUGUCGGUUACACGAGGAGUAACCCUCAACCCUCCCUGAUCAAGUGCGUGGCAUUGUUAUUGUCUUCCCGACUUCUGUACUGA